AUGACGACGGCUGGUAGGGCGCUGGCGGCGGUGACAGUGGCAGCAGCGGCGGCGUCCUUCAGAAAGAGCCCUACUCAGUGCUCCGCCGCCACCGCCUGGGGUAUAUUGGAGUCAACAAUACGAUCUCGAAUUUUAGGCCGUGAGAUGCAAAUUCUGUGUUGUGCCUCUAUCCUUCUGGCAUUAGACAACGAUCUUCCUUACCGCCCCGGCUGCAUUGAGAACUCUUGGGAAGUGCACAGGGGACCACGUAUGAUACCAGUGGCACUUCUGUGGUAA